GACACAGCAUCACUGACAAAAGUUUCUCCCAGAGCAUUAUUGUACCAUCCGCAUACAAACUUAACGGUCAUAUAUCUCUCUCCCUGCUUCCAUCUCAAACCUUCAAUUUUCUCAGUAAGGAAUCUUAAGUAGCCAUGCCUGUUACGAAGUUUAGCACACCUGAAAAGUAUCGGUACCAAAAUGGCUUCGGUUCAUACCAUGAGUCAGAAGCCGUCUCAGGAGCCCUCCCAAUAGGUGCCAAUUCGCCUCAAAAACCUCCCUUUGGCCUGUAUGCCGAAAAGCUCUCUGGUACAGCAUUCACAGCACCCCGACACGAGAACCAGCAAACAUGGCUCUACAAAAUCCUCCCUUCUGCAUCACACUCGGCCUUCAAUGAACGCGAAGCUUCCUCCUACAAUACCAACCCAGAAGGGCACAAGUUACAUCAGAUUCCCAACCAGCUGCGAUGGGAUCCAUUUGACAUGGACGAAACUGUGGAUUGGGUGCAUAGUUUGAAAUUGGUUGCUGGUGCUGGAGAUCCUACAAUGAAAUCUGGACUUGGCAUCUUCAUAUUUGCUGCUGGGAAGAGCAUGGAGGAUAAUCAAGCAUUCUACUCGGCAGAUGGGGACUUCUUGAUUGUUCCCCAGCAUGGGGUAUUGGAUAUACAAACAGAGCUUGGCAAGAUUCUAGUUCGGCCGAACGAAAUCUGUGUCAUUCCUCGGGGUGUGAGAUACAGAGUGGAACUGCCAGAAGGACCUGUCAGGGGUUACAUUCUCGAGUUGUACGAAGGACAUUUCCAGCUGCCUGAAUUAGGACCUAUUGGCUCGAAUUGUCUCGCCAACGCUCGAGACUUUCAAGCUCCAGUUGCAUGCUUCGAGGAAGAUACAAUAGGCAGUUAUACUAUCCUCUCGAAAUUCAACGGCCACCUCUUUGCUGCCUCGCAGACACAUACACCAUUUGAUGUAGUAGCCUGGCAUGGACUGUACUACCCAUACAAGUACGACCUCGGCCGCUUUUCCGUCAUCGGCUCCAUCUCUUUCGAUCAUCCAGACCCAAGCAUUUUCACCGUGCUGUCUGCUCCAUCACCGCGUGUGGGUACCGCCAUCGCUGAUUUUGUGAUCUUCCCUCCCCGAUGGCUCGUAGGUGAAGAUACUUUCCGACCUCCCUGGUACCACCGCAACACCAUGUCUGAGUUCAUGGGCUUGAUCGGCGGCGAGUAUGAUGCGAAGACUGGUGGAGGUUUCAAGCCAGCUGGUGCCAGUCUUCACAACAUCAUGUCUGCACACGGUCCCGACUCAGGGACCCAUGAGAAGGCAAGCAAUGCGGAGUUAAAGCCAAUGAAGGUUGGAGAGGGUAGUAUGGCUUUCAUGUUUGAAAGCUGUCUCAUGGUUGGCGUGACAGAAUGGGGACUGAAGACGUGUAAGAAAGUACAGGAGGAUUAUAAUGAGGAAAGUUGGACGCCUUUGGAGGCCCACUUUAAGAUUCCUGAGGGAGUGAGGAGGAUCAGUAAUCUGGUUGAUGGAGAUGUUGCGAGGGGUGCAAUUGAUAUUGGGAAGAGUGUUAAUGGGAAGGGAGCGACUGGAGAGAUGGAAAAGGGGCAAUUGCCUCAUUAUACUUGAGAGACCGGUAUUAUCAAUAAUAUG